GAAAAAUAAUCGAGCAGACUACAAGUACCAUAAAUGGCGGCCAAAACUGUUGUUAUCGGAGGUGGAAGCGGUUUUAUAGGCACAGCCCUAUCAAAUCUUUUAUGUAGCUGUGGAUACGAUGUUGUAAUUGUCUCUAGAAUUCCCGGAUCAUUUAGAAUGACAUGGAGUGAAUUGGAGCAAAAUGGUCUUCCGAAGAAUACAUUAGCAGUUGUGAGUCUUGCUGGUCAAAACAUCUUGGAUAUGAAGCGAAGGUGGAAUUCUGGAUUUGAACAAACUGUUCAUGCCAGCAGAAUAAACACAACUCUAUCACUUGCCAAGGCUAUAGAAAAAGCAGAUGUUAAGCCAAGUGUCUUCGUGUCAACUUCAGGAGUUGGCUAUUAUCCACCUCAUCCAAACAAACUAUAUACUGAACAUUCAGAAGGAGGCAAAGGUGACUACUUUGCUGAACUGUGUACAGACUGGGAAUUGGCUGCAAAAUUGCCCGCUGAUGUCGGUACCCGCCAAGUUAUUAUUCGUUCCGGUGUUGUUCUUGGAAGAAGAGGAGGAAUGAUUGCUCAACUUUACCUUCCAUUUUUCUUUGGUAUGGGAGGGCCUGUAGGAUCUGGUCAGCAGUAUUUACCUUGGAUUCACCUCCAUGAUAUCGCCAGACUCUUCCUUUACUCCAUAGAGAAGGAAAACGUUGAGGGCGUUUUGAACGGGGUUUCCCCCGAUCUUAUUACGUCAAAAGAGUUUGCCAGAGCCUUUGGAGGUAGCCUUUGGCGACCGGCACUUAUCCCUCUUCCCGAGUUUGUAUGCAACAUGCUUUUAGGUUCCGAAAGAGCCCGAAUGUUAACUGAAGGUCAAAAAGUUAUACCACAGAGAACCUUGGAAUUAGGUUUCGAAUAUAAUUACCCUGACAUUCGCUCAGCUUGUCAAGAAUUCAGCCCUUUGAUUUACACAGAUGAUUUGCGAGGCAAUAAUAUUGGACGCUAAGAUCUAUCAAAAUUUUGUUACAAGUUAGUCGUAAGGGUGAUUAAAGCGCAAAUUGUAUAAUGUAAUCUAAAAAUG